AAAAAGCGCAUAAAAGAGCAGGCCCGCCGGUGCUGUCCUGACGUCAAGCACAUUGACGUAGACAUCAACCGCACCUUCAGAAAUAACCUCUUCUUCUGGGAGCGAUACGGAAUCAAGACAUGUCUACUUCCAGGACAUGAACAAGGUUGCGGCCAUCCUACUGAUGUUCCUGAACUAAGAGGAUGCUUUCUAGGGGCUGGUGCAGCUGAUGACUGACGACAAGCACACCAUGGGCGGCUUCAUCCCUGGAUUCCCGAAAUUGCUAAGGUUCCAGGCCCAUCACAAGCACGUUCUCGGCAGAGCCCUCCCCAAGUUGAAGGGACAUGUGAGCCGAUGUCUGCGGGGAUUUACACACCCACGUGGUUCAUGCAGUGCUUCAUCAACCAGACCCCCCUUUCCGCUGACCCUGAGGCUCUGGGAGGCCUCCAUGCUGGAGGGUGGGCACUUGCUCACGGCCAUGGCCUACACCGUCCUCAAGGUGCACAGGAGGAAGCGGGCCUGAGCGUGGAGCGCAGGCCACGGAGGAGGGAGUGCCAGCCGCAUGAAGGCGGUCAGGGUGCCCUGUGGUGAGCGCCCCUGGCCGGGGUGCUCCCUGGGCUCUGUCGGGACAGAUGGACCCCCAGGGGUGGUGCACAGCGGAACACAGCCGCCCCUCCCCCGUGGGAAGACCCCCAGGGUGGAGGGCUGAGCCUUCCUUGUGUGUCCCCCUGUGGCCUGACGGCACCCCCACCCCUCAAGCGCCUCCUGACGCUGCCCCUGGAAGGCUGCAGGAGUUCCUGCAGGACGCGCUGUCCCGGGCCGGGGCCCCGGCGGAUGGUGCAGUGUGCACACGCAGCUGCCGGCCUCCAUGGCUGAGCUACCCAGGAUGACGUAUGACCUGCCGCCGGCCAGAGGGGCUCAGCCCUGGUCUCCCCAUGAGUCCCCCUCUCAGGCAGUAGUGGGUGGGUGAGCCCCGGGCUUUCCCCUCACCCCCGGCCAUUCGCUCUUCUGGGCAGCCACCACAGAGUCCAGGGGUUGGUGGCCUAGAGGGCUGUUCUCAAAGCUGGGCCGGCUCUGCCAUGCCUGGCCCCACAGGCCCACCUUGUGCAGACCACAGCGAUACAAUUCCCUCCCAAACUUCCCGGUGAUCUGUGAGGCCACAGGCAGGUGGCCCCCAGACCUUGGCUUUGAGCUGGAAUGCUGGGUCCCUUCCCCUUCAGUCCCUGCCUGGGCCACCCCCAGGGCCACGCAACAGGCCUGACUCCGUGACCCCACUGAGGCUCCGGCAACCAGCUCCACCCAGCCUGCUGAAGACGGCGCCACUGGGCCCAGGACACCCCUCCUGCCCUGAGGCAGCUGCAGCCAGCAUCCCUCCCAUGAGUGACCAGCACGGCCAUGGUGGAGCCAGGACAGCACCCCAAGAGCUGCACCAAGGCCCCACACGUCCGCAUGACCCCCUGAGCUCUGUGUCCAUAGGGAGACUGGACGUUCAGGGGCCUCCAGAGGAUGAGGUGACUGUGAGCACAGGGACCCCGAGGCUCCCGGGGACCCCGAGGUCCCCAGAAGCCAGCAACAUGCUCUGCUUUUUCACGCUGAGCUCAAGGAGGAUGGACCCUACCCCCCCCCCCCCAAUAUAGCACAAGUCCCUAACUCCAAAGGGCCUGAAUUUGGGCUCCAGGAGGGCAGAUGCUGUGUGAGCACCCCCCAGCCUGGACUGUGACUAAAGGGGCUGCCCCGGCCAGUCAGGAAAGCUGGCUCAAGGCAAGGCGAGCCCUCUAGGAGCUGUAUGUGGUCUCCUGCAGCCUGAGAGUGCCCCACAAGGUCCCUUCAGUGACCUGAGGAGCCUCUGGGAACAACAGGCCACCUCCAGGACCUCACACGCAUAAGGAGGCGGGGCUAGAGCAGAGGGUGCUGCUGUUUGGGCUGACGCAACAC